CUAUAUAAACAGCUACGCCAGCGGCAAGCAAGAGGCUCUCUUCUCGUAGGAGGCUUAAUAAAUUAUAGAAGCCAUGUUCAAGCUACUUGUGUUGUUGCUAAUGUUCCAUUCCAGUUUAGCAGCUAACGUUUCCUGGGACAUCUUUAUACUUGCUGGCCAAAGUAACAUGGCCGGCAGAGGCGGUGUGGAACAUGGAAAGUGGGACGGGAAUGUCCCGCCGGAGUGUAGACCGAACCCAUCAACACUUCGACUGAGUCCUAAACUCACAUGGGAAGAGGCACACGAGCCACUCCACGCAGACAUCGAUGUGGGAAAGACAUGCGGGAUUGGCCCAGGCAUGGCAUUUGUUGAUGGACUCAGAGCUAACGGCUCGAGAAUUGGUGUGGUGGGUCUCGUCCCUUGUGCGGUUGGUGGGACCAAAAUCAGUAAGUGGGCUCGAGGUACGCAGUUGUACAGUCAAUUGGUGAGUCGGGCUGGAGCAUCAGUGAAGGAUGGCGGGACGAUUCGAGCGAUUUUGUGGUAUCAGGGAGAAAGCGAUACCGUGACAAAAGAAGAUGCUGAUGCUUACAAGGUAAAUAUGGAGACGCUUAUCACCAGCUUGCGUACUGAUCUUAAUAUACCAUCGCUGCCUGUAAUCCAGGUAGCUCUUGCAUCAGGUGAAGGCAAAUUCAUAGAGACUGUCAGAAGUAGUCAACUUGCAAUCAACCUACCUAAUGUGAAGUGCAUAGAUGCCAAGGGACUGGCCCUUCAAAGAGAUAACCUGCACCUCACCACAAUGUCUCAAGUACAAGUAGGCUUGAAGAUGGCUGCUGCCUUCAUAGAUUCUUUCGGCAAUAUGCCAUGAAUGAAUCGCAAUCAUAGAGUUAAAAUGUUGUGCUCGCCAUGUGGACAGCAAUUAAAUCCUCAGACAUCAACUUCCUA